AUGAAACACAUAAUUUUCGUCUCUGGUAAGUGGAAAGUUGAGAAAACUAAGUGGUUAUUUGAAGCGGAUAAUGACAGAGAAAGCAUAUUAGUGGCUGCGAAUGAGGGCACUCAAUUUGAGGAUUUUGUGAAAAUCAUAUUUGAAGAUUACGGAGUUGAUUUUGCAGAAAACAAUUUGGAACUGAGGUACAUUUUUCCGAAGCGGAAUCUACACAAUCAAAGCAUCAAUAUACCACCUGUGAAAAUAGGAAACGAUUGGCAGUUUCAUGCAUUCUUGGCUCUUCACAAAGUUGAGGACGUUCAACUGUGUGUUGAAUUUAAAGCGAACAAAAGUGCUGGGGAAGGAGAUGGCGAAGAUCAGAAACAACCCAUACAAGGAGAUGACCCGUUGUGUGAAGACGAAGAAGAUACAGAUGAAGAAGGUGAUAGUUUCAAUUACUGCGAUGACUCUGAUGGAGCAACAUCUGACGAUGAAAACUUUACUGCGUAUGGGCUUCCACCAGAUCAUGUAGAAGAGGUUCAUGGAUCUUCUACAAAGAUGAUAUAUGCAAGAGCCCUAAAGACAGAAGAAAGAGAGUCUCCAAAGAGUCUGUCCUAUUUGCGCACAUUCAAAUUUGACGUAGGACAGAGUUAUAAUUCGAAAGAUGCAUUGGAGACACGUCUGAAGAUAUGUUCAGCUGUCCAAAAGUUUGAUUUUGAUGUCCACGCAUCAACACGUUCACUGCUGUUUAUAAAAUGUUGGUUAAAAGGAUGUACAUGGAAGCUAAGAGCUACACCAGUAGGUAAUUCUGCGAAGUUUACAAUCCGAGUGUAUGUAGAUGAACAUACCUGCUCCGUAACAGAACGUUCAUCUCGUUCCCGACAAGCUACUCCUGAAAUUCUUGGACUCUUGUACAAAGACUAUAUUGGUGGGGUUGAUCCAUAUAUUUUGCCACGUCAUGUUAAUAAUGCUAUGAACAUGAGCUUCAGAAUCAAGAUGGAUUACUGGAAAGCUCAUCGUACACUUAUAGUUGCUAGAGAUCUCGUAAUGGGUUCUUCAGAGAGUGGAUACGAGGAACUACCUACUUACCUCCACAUGAUUAGAAUGGCAAAUCCGGGGACUUUAACUCGACUGGAAAUUGAUGCAAACAAUAGAUUUAAGUACUUAUUCCUUGCAUUCAACGCUAGCAUUACCGGAUUUCCAUUUAUGAGGAAGGUUGUGGUGGUUGAUGGAACUUUUUUGCAAGCAUUUGCUGUGGUUGACACAGAGAAUGAUGAAUCAUGGACAUGGUUUUUCCGCCAACUCAGCCGUGUGAUACCAGAUGAUGAAGGAUUGGCGUUAAUUUAUGACAGACACAAGUAG